AUGUGUUGGUCUGAGAAGUGUUGUUAUUUUAUACCGCUAAAUUGGGCUUGCUUAAUACUGGGUGUUAUCAAUUUUAUUAUAUCAACAAGCCUAAUGGUAUAUUCGCUUACAUACUACUUCAAGGAAAAAGAAAUGCUUUUGCUUCAUAAGCAGACUCAUUUAGUUGCGACGCUUCUGGGCAUGGAUCUGAAGAUAGGAACAGUGAACAUUAUCCUGAGCAUCAUAACCCUGGUAUCAUUCAUCUGGAUGAUCUUCUCUAUACUGCUGGUUGUAGGGAUCUUAAAGCACCAGCCCAGCCUUCUACUCUCCAACUUCUCAUUCGGCAUCAUUUUGACAAUCCUCGGUCAAAUUAGCGGAUUGCUUCUGCUUCUGAAAAAAUGUUGGUUCUUAGCAUCUGUUGUCUUCAUACCCUCGUUAAUCAACAUACAUUACUUGGUUGUGAUACACACUGCUUACGAACUAAUGCAAAAAGGUAGUGGCUUCAGAUUCCAUCGACACCGUGACCAGGAUGAAGAUCCAUUAAACGACCGCUUAGAAGAGACUCUGGGCGACAGUUUGACCAUAAACUAA